AUGGACUUUUUGGAGAUUUGGGCUCGUACCGAGACCGACCAGAGACAGACACGUGACGCGCCUAUCACUUGGGCGAAAGACGCCUUGCUUCAACUGCGUUCGAACCUUCUCCCAAAACUAAGGGAUGAACUGAUCAAGCUAGGCGAUUUGCUGGAAGGACCUCACUCGAUGCUCAAGCUUAUGGAAGACCGUAAACCGGCACUUGAUGAAUGUUGGGACCAAAUCUAA